AGAAGAGGCGUUCUCUAACAGAAAGAGGUAGAGGAGAGGAGAGCAAAAUAGUUGUUUUCUAUCUCCGUGGAUCUCACACUGAGAGUUGUCUCACCAAAAGAGAGGGAAUAUUUUAUUUAUUUUUCUUCUAUUCAUGUUAUCACCACUGAUCAUACAGAAUAAAAAUAUUUUUAAACUGGUUUUCUUCAAUCUGAACUCAACAGUAAAACAGAUUUAACCUCAGACUCUUCUCGUGGGACUAGUUUUAUUAGGAUCCUACUAGUUGUCUGGUGUGGAUAUAAUACCAGUCUGUCUCUGAGAUGGAGUCCAGAACUCUUCUACUUGUUCUGGGUCUUCAUUUCACUCUACCUGGGAACCUAGAGGCCAGAGUUUGCGGCCUGGGCUUCAUUGCCAAUGGGAGUCAACAAUGUGAUGAUAUAGAUGAGUGUAAAGAGUGGGACAGUAACCCACCCUGUGGAAGUAAAGCCACGUGUUACAACACAUAUGGAAGCUUCUACUGUCACUGUCUACCUGGGUUCAGAUCCACAACAACUUUCAAGUUUACUCCUUUCACUGGGGAGUGUAACGACAUCGAUGAGUGCAAGGGGAGACUACGGGUUUGUCCCAGCAACGCCAUUUGCCUCAACACCAUUGGGAGCUACCACUGCCUGUGCCAACCUGGGUUCAGAUUCUCUAAUCACACUGUGAAGACUAUUGAGCCUAUCGAUACUGAGGACUAA